AUGUCGAACGGAGGCUACUCAUCUAUCACCGAGACGAAGGGUAUCUUGGAGCUCGUUCUCAGUCAUGUGCAGAUCCCAGCCGAGGCCGAGCGAAUCGCAAGGGAUGCGCAAUUCUCAGCAUCUCGCGACUUGCCUUACUUCCCGAUCCCGUUCAAGGAGACGGAAUUGGCCUCAGCUUUAAAGGCCAUCGAAGGUGGUGUAGCCGCCGCACUUGCGACUACAAAGGAUGAGAGCAUCAGGAAUAACAAAAUUUCCGUAAAUUUGGAGAAGAGUACCGCGUUCUUGUUUCAAGCUUAUUUAGCAACCGUUGGUGGUUAUGGCAAGUUGGAUCACGAGGUGAAGCAGUUUUUGAAGGAUACGGAUCUGCUUCAGGCCCAAUCGGAUCCUUAUCGUCGCAUGUCUGCCAACUUGUAUGAAACGAAAAGACCAGGUGAAUACUAUCACAUUCAUGGGUCUCUGGAAGCAUCCGUCACGCUCCGCAUGAUUGGACUUGAGUCUUUCCGGCCAGAUUUGAAAUCCCACGAGGCAAUAGUAGAGACAAUACAGUCUCAUGUCAAGAACUUCACAGUCGAUGAGCUGGAGCGUAUGAAUGCAGAUAAUCGCCAGGCGGGAGUCCCUGUUCUCAAGCAUGAUAAUUUCAUCAAGACGCAUCAUGGCUCGACGAAUCUCAAACUGCCGCCGUGGAGUGUGGAUGCUCUGGAGGACUCGACACCACCAGCACCUCUCCCGGUCACAUCAGAUCGCAGAAUUCUGUCUGGAGUCAAGGUGCUUGAACUAUGUCGCAUCAUCGCCGGGCCGGUGAUAGGACGUAUCCUGGCCGAGUACGGCGCCGAUGUUUUGAAGAUCACGAGCCCGAACCUCAGCGAUGUCCCCUUCUUUCAGGUCGACGGUAACAUGGGCAAGCACGCUGCGGAUCUCGACCUUAAGACUGAGGAAGGAAGACGACAGUUUGAGGAGCUUUUGGCUGAAGCUGAUGUCGUUCUUGACGGUUAUAGACCUGGAGCGCUAGAGAAGCUUGGCUAUGGUGCAACAGCGCUGACAAAUCUGGCCAAAGAACGCGGCAAAGGCUUUGUUUACGUCAACGAGAAUUGCUUUGGCUAUCAGGGAGAGUGGUCGCAUCGCCCCGGAUGGCAGCAAAUCGCCGAUUGUGUUAGUGGAGUAGCAUGGGAGCAAGGUCGUUUCAUGGGUCUUGAUGAGCCAGUUGUGCCCCCAUUCCCAAUUUCUGACUAUGGGACGGGAUGCAUGGGCGCCAUCGCUGCCCUGACUGGCCUCUAUAACAGAGCGACCCAGGGCGGAUCUUGGCACGGAAAAGCAUCCCUCCUGCAAUAUGACCUAUUCCUCAUCAAGGCCGGGCAAUACCCAGAGGAUGUCAAGGAUGAACUUCGGAAGCUAGCAGGCGAUGACUUCCUUUCUCUGAGGCACAGCCACAGCGUCGACCAGAUCUCGGGAACGACCCUGAAAGCUAUGAAGCGUUACGCACCGGCGUUAUUCAGCUCACCAGGUAUUCGGGAGAAAUGGUAUUCGAAGGGAUACAGGGCCGAGGUGGAGGUCGUCGGGCCCGUAGUAGAUAUAAAAGGUGUUGAUAUUGGGUUCAAACGGGCUAGUAGGCCCAAUGGCACAGACGAAGCGAGCUGGGAUUUCGGGCCAGAAGAGGAUCGCCGUAUCUCUUACUCAAACGGGGGUUCCAAAGCUUGA